AUGGCGACUGACAAGCAGAAGAACGCACUGGCCGUGGCCGCAUGCGCUGUGGCGCUCGCCGGUUUGGCGUUGUGGGCACGCAGCAAGAAACAGCAACGCACGCGUGUGUUGCGUAAGCAGCUGACGAACCUGCGCUUUGACCUCAGUGUGGCGGAGAUUGAGGCCGAGACGGAGCGUAUCCUGGCCCAGAUGAAGCGCGUAGACGACGAAAUCGCGGCACUAUCUCCGUCCGCAGUGACGUUCGAGAGCACAGCGCAGAAAAUCAUCGAUCUGGACCACGAGAUGCUCAGCCGUGUGACCAACGUGACGUUCCUCGGACAGGUGGCGGCCGAUAAGGAGACGCGAGAUGCCUGCACUAAGGCGGACGAGGUCAUCGAGGACUUUUCCGUGCAGCGCAGCAUGCGUGCAGAUGUGUACAGGGCGGUUAACACGCUCUACAAAAGUGCAGCCUACCAGAAACUAAACACGGUCACGCAGCGCUACGUACACCGCCUAGUGCAGGACUUUGAGCGCAACGGACUGCAGUUGCCGGGGGAGAAGCAGAAGGAGGUACAGGCCUGGAAGCAGAAGUUGUCCAAGCUCGGUAUCCAGUUCCAGCAGAAUCUCUCGGAGGAAACAAUCGAGGUCCAAUUUUUGCAUGAUGAGCUCAAGGGACUUAGCAACGAUUUCAUCGCUGCACUCGAGAAGGGCGACGAUGGCAAAUACAAGAUUGCUCUCUCGUACCCGACAGUGUUCCCGAUCCUCAACACGUGCACCGUGGAGUCGACUCGCAAGGCUGUGGAGUACGCCUUCAACCGCCGCUGCAUUUCCACGAACGUUGCCAUCCUCGAGGAGAUGCUGGAGAUCCGUCACAAAGUGGCACUGGCGCUGGGAUACGAGAACCACGCUGCUUACGUUCUGGAGCAAAGGAUGGCUGAAACCCCCGCAAAUGUGAAGAAGUUCUUGAGCGAUCUGGACAACAAACUGGUCCCUCUUGCUAAGAAAGAUUUGGACGACUUGUUGAAGCUGAAGGAGGCCGAUUGCGAACAAAACGAAUGGAAGUUUGACGGCAAGAUCAAUAUGUGGGACUUCCGCUUCUAUAUGGACCAAUACGUCAAGAAACACUGCUCUAUCGACUCGGAAAAGCUUCGUGAGUACUUCCCGCUUACCCACGUGACGACGGAAUUGCUGUCGAUGUACCAAGAGCUGUUGAGCUUGAAGUUUGUGGAAAUUUCGCAGCCCCACGUGUGGCACAAGGAUGUUCGUAUGUUCGCUGUCUACGAUGCACGCCCGGGUAAGGCCGGCAACCUCGUUGGUCACUUCUAUCUAGACUUGUUCCCCCGCGCUGGUAAGUAUGGCCACGCUGCCUGCUUCACGCUGCAGCAGAGCUGCAUCAACUCUGCUGGCGUCCGCGAGUACCCCGCUGCCGCUAUGGUGGCCAACUUCAACGCCCCGACCAAGUCGAAGCCGUCACUGUUAGGCCAUCAGGAGGUCGUUACGUACUUCCACGAGUUCGGCCACGUGAUGCACUGCUUGUGCUCAGAAGUGGAUAUUCCUCGCUUCGCUGGUACACGCGUGGAGCGUGACUUUGUGGAAGCUCCGAGUCAGAUGCUGGAGAACUGGUGCUGGGAGAAGGAGCCGCUGCAGCGUCUGUCCUCGCACUACGAGACUGGCGAGAAACUCUCGGACGACCUGAUCACUCGCCUGAUCUCCACAAAGAAUGUUAACACUGGUCUGCUAAACAAGCGCCAGCUGCUCUUCGCCAUCUUCGACCAGACCAUCCACUCGAAGCCAAAGGCGAACACGGCGCAGCUCCUCAAACAACUGCAGACCGAGAUUAUGCUCAUCGACAUGACGCCCGAGACGAACUUUGCAGGAUCCUUCGGCCACUUGGCUGGCGGAUACGACGCACAGUACUACGGCUACAUGUGGAGCGAGGUCUUCUCCAUGGACAUGUUCGUGUCUCGGUUCAAGAAGGAAGGACUGAUGAACCCCAAGACGGGACUGGCGUACCGUGAGCUCAUCCUCGCGCGCGGCGGUUCGGUAGACGCCAGCGUCAUGCUGAAGGACUUCUUGGGCCGUGCGCCUAACCAGGACGCGUUUUUGCUCAGCAAGGGACUCAAGGUUGAUGCCUCGAGUUCAUUCGAGUUGAAGCUGUAG